AAAUAAAAAUAAAAAAGUUUCUCUAGCCUCAGAGUGAUUACAAAUAAACAAACAAAUAGGUGAUUGGUACUGGAGACAACCCAUGAGAAAGCUAUGUUGGGGAUGUCACAGGAAAUAUUUAGACAGUUCAUACUUAACAUCGCACAGGUUUUCAACUCCUACAGAUAUCAAAACAAGUGCAAUUUCGGGCCAUAGGUUCAGUCCUGUGUUUUCUGUAGUCAUUAUCUACUGCAAAACGACCCUACCAGACACCUGAAAGGAAGACCAGGUUUUGCUGAAGUAGUCAGAUGAAGGCUAGAUUCUGUUGUGAUCGUCAGACUUUAAAGAUGAGCAUCUGGCUGAUGAUGAUCUGGGUCACUCACACUGUGGGAACAGGUAAACAGUUUUUACUCUUUUUUUCACUUAGCAAACAUUUAAUAUGCAGAAGGUAGAUGAUAAUGGAUGGACUAGAUACAUUGAUGGGCAGGAAUUUUAUAGUUAUAAAAAUUGAAUGUUUCUUUAUUUUGAAAUGUAGUUCUAUACAGAGGCAUUAUGGAAAAGAGAUAAUAACAACACAAUAACAAACAUUGCAAUCUUUUCACCUAGGGACGAAGCCCUUCAUUGUAACACAGUGGCCGACAGUGGCUGAGGUGAUGGCUGGAGAAGAUGUCAUUUUAAACUGCAACAUUGUAGAGCUGUACUCCUCGUGUUCAACAGUGGCUUGGCUGAAAGUCAUUCCCGAGAACGCAACGAUCAGCCUGACCGAUAGACUUCAGAUCCAUCCUCAUUACUCGUCCAACCAGUGGACCAGUAUUUGUACUGCUGUCAUCACCAAUACAACAGUGCAUGACUCCAGUAUGUACUACUGCGCAGCUGUGCACAGCCGCUUUGCUCACAUCGGUAAUGGAUCCAGAGUCAUUGUGAAAGAACACACUGUGUUUCCUGUUAUUGAUAUUCUUACUCCGCUGAUCACAAACGGUCCUUCGGUCCCUCUUCAGUGUGUUGUGAAGGGGGUCGAGGCUUCUCAAGUUCAUGUGUUCUGGACUGUGGAGGGGAAAAAGGAGAAAGGACAGCCAGUUUUGACACAUGGGAACGAUGGUGUCAUCCAGAUCACUAGGAGCCAGAUCCUGAUGACUGCUGAGGAGUGGGAAAGGAAGGUGCAGUGUGUGUGUGUAGUGCAGUUUGGAGGACAGCUCUAUAACAAGACCCUUCAGCCACAUGAUGCACCAGAUGUGUGUUAUGCAGCAAAAUACAUAUAUUUGUCUGUCUGCUUAAUAUUUGGUCUCCUGCUUCUGGCAACAGUGAUUAUUUAUAGGCUGGGACGGAAAACCUUUUUGAUGAUGUCUCUAUGAAAACACAUAUAGUUUCAAAGAGCUUUCAGUUUAUGUCCAGUAUUUUGCUCUAACCCAUUUUUAUUUAUCAAACUUAUUUUGGUAUUUGGCAUUGCUGUACAUCAGAUGAAAGAAGGCAACAUUUACAAAUAUUUUGACAUCUCUUCCCAAAAAGCAUAAGUAAUUCUGAUAUUUAUGUUCAGAUCGUUAUGGAUCUUUGAUGUUUUGAAUAGUGUUGUUUAUAUUGUGAAUUGAAAUGGUCAAUUUAUACUUUCAUCCAAUAUGUUCUGAACUCUGUUUAUUCCAAUAGACUGAAUAAAAACACCUGAAUAAAAGAAACAUAUCGUUUGACUAACUUUUUCUUUAAUUUACACAAAUCUAAAACCAGAGAAAAUAAAAUAACUACAUAUAUAAACAUAUUAUUUUCAUAUAUUAUGUUAUUUGUGAUUACCUAUAGCCUAUAAAAGUGUCAGUUUGAUAAUUGUAAAGUACAACAACAACAAUUAUUAGAUAUUAUGCCUUAUGUGGCUUCUGUUAUGUGUGGCAGGGUCAGGAAGUGAUUUUUUU